AAGUGAACUGAUAAUUGCUAUGACAAUUAAAACCUCAAAACAUGAAAUUGAAAAAGGAUGGGGAAUAAUAACCAGAAACUGCCGUUAAGAAAAGCUCAAUCUGUUCCAGGAUCUCAGUUUUUACAAGCCACUAAUCCAGAUUUUGUCAGAGGAACUAAGACACGAGGCUCGGAGCGCCUUGUCCGUGGUAAAUCCCAGGAUGAAUUGGAUAAAGGAUCUGAAGCUCAGUGGUCAGUACCUUUGGUUGAAGCCCUGUUUCUCCCUGAUUUCCCUGUCAGAGGCAGUCUUGAGGAGCAGGAGUUUGAGGUUAUGGACGUCAUAGCAAAGGGUGCCUAUGGAAACGUAUUACGGGUCAGACGUGAGGAUGAAAAGCAGGUGUAUGCUAUGAAGGUGAUGGGUAAAACUCAAAUUAUAGUCGAGGGUGCAAUACAACAAUGUAAAGAUGAGGCAGCAAUACAGGCAAUGCUUGGUGAUCAUCCAUUCAUUGUGAAGUUACAUGAGUACUGGCAAUCCAAAAAGUUUUUGUAUAUAGUUUUAGAUUAUAUUCCAUAUGGUGAUAUUUUUACCCUAUGGACAUUCCAUGGCUAUUUCCCAGAACAACUAGUAAAAGUAUUUGUAGCUGAGAUGGCCAUGGUUUUAGAUUAUCUACACAAGUCUGGUGUAAUUUAUAGAGAUAUUAAGAUGGAAAAUAUACUACUUGAUGUUAAUGGACACAUACAGUUAACAGACUUCGGCCUCUCCAAAUGGCUUGGUACAAGGGAGAGAACACGGACAGUCUGUGGGACGUUGCAAUAUAUGGCUCCAGAGGUGCUAUCUGCUCAGGCCUAUGGUCAUACUGCUGAUUGGUGGUCCCUAGGAAUUCUCAUGUUUGUCAUGUUGGCAGGCAAGUACCCAGCAGAGGGCGCCAAUGAUCACAAAGAAAUGGCUACAAAGGUGUUUGACUGUGAUUACUUAUUACCCAACUUUGUCAGUGAUCGAGCCCAGGAAGUGAUUGAUAAGCUUUUAAUGAAAAGACCAGAAAGGCGGCUAGCAGAUCUCUUUACAUUACAGAACAUGCCAUUUUACCGACUUUUUGACUUCACUAGUUGUAUAGAAAGAAAAAUCAACCCUAAGUCAGUAGUGCCAGAGGAGUUUUUUCCCAUGACAGGUGUAAGCUUUAGUUACUCACCAAACACCAAUCCUCCAGAAGAUGAAUUUGCUGAGUUUGACUUUGUGUGGAACCUCCCUCCUGAUGCUGAACCAGUCUUUGUAUGA